GAUUCCUUUUGCUUGUCGAGAGGAACCCAUACUUCCACGGUUCUUUUGAGUUGCACGCUAAGACAAAGUUAAACAGAACCGUUCACUUCCGCCGUGCCGUGGGCAGCUAUACCGCAUUUCGCAUUCCCACGUCCACUUUAUUGGUUGUUUCGUCCUGGCCUCAACAGUUGCCAUGACCUUCCCGGGCUUUCCCACAGAAAUUUGGUGGCUUAUUGUUGACCAGGCUGCCAGUAUAAAAGACCUAUCAACAAUGUUUCUCAUUGCUCGUCUCAAUCGUACCAUGGCAUGCUUUGCCUUGCCGCUAAUGUACGGCAUCGUCAAAGGGUUAAUGUAUGACGACGCGGACAGGCAGUCGGUCUGCUUCUGGAGAUCUAUCAUUGUGUCCAGCCUGGGGAAGACCUUAUAUCCGUACUGCUGUUGGGUUAAGACACUUGACUUCUCCGAUCUCCUCAACUUCCUCCAAAAUUUCGAUAAAUCAGAGGAUGCCCAACUGCGUUACAAAUUUUACAGCCCGCCACUUCGCUACCUACAACUACUCCAAAUUAAUAUAUCCAACCCAGACCAUCCAUUCGACCAAGACAAUUUCGAUGGCAACGUAGGUCCACAUGUGCUAUUCUGUGAAGUCGUCAACAAGAUCACAGAAGGUAUCAGGGCUACCGCCGACCAGGGGCACGUCACUUCCCAUUUAACUAAAGUUCGGUUUCCGAACCUAGAAUAUCUGCCCUGUAUAUUAUAUUUUCCUGUGUGGAUUUCAAGGCUCACUGGAUUGACAACGCUUCAUAUCCAUGACAUAUCUUUACUGAACGAACAGGUGACUCUGGCUAUUGCUGAGAACUGCUCUGCCCUCAAACAUUUCAAAUGUUAUAUCAUACCAUCUUAUGAAGCUGAAAGACAUCUCAGCAGUUUGCUGCAAACGCUUCCUCCUAACACAAUCGAAUCUUUUACGGUCAUACGAGGUGCUAUAAGUGGCCCACACGUACUAAAGGCUCUGGAUCGGCAUUCUGGCUCUCUGAAACUCAUUCAGUUGACAAAAUUGGAGGCCAGAGCUCUGGGCGCAUUGAACGAGCUUCAAAAGUGCAAUGCACUGGAGAGUCUGUAUCUCGACGCCAUCGUUGGCCCAGACUUUGACUUUGUACGGUCCGAUACAGCAGUCUACGGUCAGUGUGUGGAUUGGCUGCAAAACUGCGGCCAAAUGACACACCUCAGCUUGGGCUUUUUCCCUGGUGGCACGCAACUUCUCAAGGAUUCAUUGACAGGGCCAAAGCUCCGUCUUAAGUCUCUCACCCUGAUGUCAGUUGAGGCAAAUGCGCCCUGGUAUAGUGAGCUACAUCACCAAACGAAACUUGAGUACUUGAACGUUGAAGUCCCACAGUUAGAGUUUCAGGAACUUGGACCUGCCACUGGGAGAUGCCAGGGCCUUGCCGCAGGCAUAUCGCGCUGUCCAGAGCUCAAGGAACUGGAGACGGAAGAGUAUCUCUCGGUCGCAGAUAUCAGCAUAAUCAGCGAAGGGGCUUUGAAGUUGGAAAAAAUCAGCUUCAGCGGGAGUCUGGUCCAUGAUGCGCACAUCAUGCCACUUGCAAACCUUCCGCGCCUUAAGGAAGUAUACGUCACAGGUGACUCGGCCUUCACGGCCUCGGGGAUCCUGAAAUUCUUCCAAAAGAUGGAAGAAACCCCCGACCAUGACCAUCAGGGGUUUGAAUUCGGCGCGGCGUUCCAGCAAGGCACUUCGAUUGGACAGAGAGAGUACAUACGCAUUCGUAAGGCAGCCAAGCGAGCCUUUGAUGGAGAUGUUGAUAUCCGGUUCAUUGAUUCCGACGGAGAAGAGUACUGAUUCCAGGAUAACCUAGAGUCUUGGUAGCCCCUCAAGGCACGGAAACUGUGAAUGACUGAUACUAACGAGGCCGCGGCUCAAUCAAGUAGUUGGGAGGGCCCCUGAUAAGGGAGAAAAUUAGGGGUGGCUAACAUGUUCACAUGAUGUUUGUUGCCGGUCGUAAAUAAGCACGGAGAGAGAAAUUAUAUGCCUGGAAGAAAUCCGAUGUACAUCUUCAUUCGAAACUCCCGG